AUGUUCGAGUUACCAAGUGCCAAACGGGUUUGUCGCGAUGAAUUGAAGUCCCCAGAGUCGUCCAGGGCCUCGUCGCCAGAGAGCACGGCAGCUACAUACGCCGCGACAGCGUUGGAGAGGGCCUUUUCGUCAUUUGAAACAUUCGAUACCAAGCCGACAGCCGCUUCGGCAGGACAGGAGCAUCAGACAAAGAAUACCAAAGAGAACGAAGAGGAUGAGGAGCAAGAGUUUGAGUUCCGGCUCUUCAGCUCUGCGCCUGCUAGGGAGGAUUGGUCAACGAAAGGCAUCGAUGAAUUGCAGACGAGGCCCAAGGGACACAAUGGAAGCAACUUUAGUGGAGUUCAGAAAUUAAAGAUCAGGCUACGGUCUCCGUCGCCAUCGGCCCGUCCAGCUGGUGAUGGUGGCUUUACUGUUCCCUUUCGAGGAUGGGACUACUACUUCUCCAACCCAGCGAUGGUCAUGCGAGCAGUGGGAGAUGGCUCGUGGCAGAGUGGAAGUAGGGACCGGGAUACGAGCAAACGAUUGGAGAUGAUAAAGGAGACUUUCAGGGAUGCGGCGGUGGAUGGCGAUACCGUUCUUGCACGCGCUGCUUCGGCGGCUUGGCCUGGCUGCCACCUCCCAUGGCGGGUAGUGCAUAUACCCGCGCCAAAGGUGAAAUCAGCUUCAAGCACGGUAUCAGCCUCAAAGCCUGAAGCUUCUUUGUCCGGGAAGAAGAAGAAGCCAGGCAAGAAGAGGCGGAUAGCUUUGCGAAAACGUGUCGUCAGUAAAAAGGCAGCUGAAGAGGCCGAGAGAGAAAAAAGAAAUCGAAAGAACAGAGAGCGAAAGGUAAAGAGGAGGCAAAAGGAGAGAGACAAAAAGGCUGCAGCCCGGGCGGCCGCGGGUGAAGGUGAAGGCGUCGCCGAUGUUGCUGCUACCAAGGAUAAGUCAUAA